UAGACUUGUAGAUUCGGGAAUAAUAAAAGACACCGUUUUUAGUGAUAACACCACCACAUAAUUUCCGCCUUUUUUUAUUUGAGAAAUUAAAAAAAAAAUGUCGAAGUGGACUCAGAUAUCUUACGAUGAGGAUAAAAUGGAAGAGAAAAUACUCCUACCAUACAAGUAUCUGAAACCAUUGCGCAUCUAUGAUUUCUUGGCUACGAAAUUGCCUGAAUCUUACAACUAUUGGCUUCGCAUUCCAAAGGACAAACUAAAAGCAAUACAAGAAAUCCUAGUGAAGCUGAACCACUCAUUUGCUAUCUUGGACGACAUACAGGAUGAUUCUCUUUACCGGCGAACGCAGCCUACUGCCCACAGGGUGUUUGGGAAGCCGUUUGCGAGCAACACCGGCAUGCAUCUGCUGUUGCUAGUUCUAGAAGACAUCAAUAAACUUGGACAUCCCAAGGGUGCAGAUAUCUACUGUAGAAACUAUCUGAAGUAUAUUCGAGGCACCGGCGCAGCUUUGUACUGGCAGGAGCAUCACGAGUGGGACGUCAAACCCGAAGACCACUACCAAAUGAUGUUCAACCAAACAGGAAGCGAAAUUUUAAUGAUGCAAGAACUAAUGCAACUGUUCAGUGACAACAAAGACCAAAGAGAUUAUGAAUGUUUGUCGAAAAUGUUCGCAGUUUAUGUGCAGUUAAGAGAUGAGUAUGUGGACUUAAUGAAGCCUGAGGCUGUGGAAAUCGGAACGCAUAUGUCGGGGCUACAGGAACUGUCCACCAUGACUUUCUGCAAAGACUUCACUGAGGGCAAGAUGAGCGCACCCGUCAUACACGCGCUGAAGAGCCCACACCGCGACGUCAUUCUCGGUAUUCUAAAGAUGCGCACACACGAUUUGAAGGCGAAAAAAUACCUUCUGUCACUGCUUAAGGAGGCCGGCGGCAUUCAGAAGACCAAAGAGAUCCUGCGAGAGAUAGAAGCUGAUAUACUCGCUGAGGUUCGGCGCUUAGGCGAUAAUCCAGUGUUUGAAGAAAUGAUGCGCGAUCUGCGCAGUUGGGAUGAACAGGACGAAUGAAAAGAAAAUGAA